CGUGGCCGUCCCCUGUUUUCUCUUGAACGUGGGAGGGGCGGCUGCUGCGUGCGGGUAGACUCGCUGGCGCUCCGCCUUUCACUGUUUUCCCCCUUCUCUGUCCCCCUGCCCCCCGCUCCUCCCCGAUAGAAAGCUGUACGGCUUAGAAGUAUACGUCAGCCAGCCAGCUCGCCUGUGCAGUUUACUUGUUUGUCAGCUGUCAAGGGAAAAGGAAUAGGGGACGUAGACAGCUGCUGUCUAUCGCUCCCGAAUAUUUAAAUUAGAUAUUUAGUUUUCGCGUCUCAGUUGUUCAUUACUCAUAUGUUAAACAAAAGGAUAUUGGAUCCGAAGAGAGGGAAGCAGACGAGUCGGUGUAUUCUGCGAUAUUAACCAUGCGCAGCAACUUUAUGGUGAAGAGUUCGAAUGAAGUGACAUUAUUACAUCCAAAAGAUACAUGUUGGGGCGCGGAGUGAAGCGCAAGCUGAGCGACUGCGAGGAGGCGAUGGGGGCGAAGGACCCGGCGCUGGACCUGCCCUACAUGCAGCAGCGGCAGCUGGUCCUGAACCUGUGCCUGGACAAGCUGCAGAGCUGCCACACUCGGGCCGAGCCCAGCCUCCACCGCGCGGUGCUGCUGGCCAACACCCUGCGCCAGAUCCAGGAGGAGAUGCGGCGGGAGGGCUGGGAGCCGCCCGCCGCGCCCGCCCCCUCGCCCCCUCACGCCGCCACGCCGCUGCACACCCCCAGCCUGCCGCCCGUGCCCUCAGACUGCCUUGCUGCAGACUCUGACACCAGCCUGUGCCCACCACCCUCCCUGCUGAGAGAGGAGGGUGGCACGCAGGGGGAGAGAGGGCCACCAGCCUGCCCGGGCUGCACCGAGAGAGAGGGGCAGAGCGUCUCCUCUUCCUCCUCCGCCUCUUCGUCAUCCUCCUCCUCCACCUCCUCCUCCUCCACCUUCUCCACCCAACCAGAGGAGAGCAGGACACCAGACUUGCUGUUCAGCUCCUUUGAGAUCACAAACUCAACCAGCUAUCUGACAGAUCUGGCCUUUGAUGACAUCUUUGAGGACAUCGACACCUCCAUGUACGACUGCUCUGACUUCUCCUCUGUCCUGGCGUACCCCCCACUGAGGGCCAACGGUGCCACCCCUGCAGCUGACGAUGGCCUCAAGUCAUUCCCUAGCUGUACCACAGCCAGCACCCUGCAGCUGUGUCUCACAGACCUGAACGAACUGGAUCACAUCAUGGAGAUCCUUGUGGGGUCAUGAAUGACC